UUUUUUUUCUCAGUAUAUAUAAAAUGGAUUCACAAGUAGAAGGACAUCGACGAAAACAAUUAGAGAAAGCACGACAAAGAAUUUAUGAUGAAUCUGAAAAGGAAAAACAACGAAUUGCAAAGCUGAAUGAAGUGCGUGUUGGUUCCGAUAAAUUUGCAGCAGCUACAACAGAUAUUGAAUCCCAAUUAAAGACAAGUACUAUUGGUCUUACGGAACUCUCUGAUUACAGAAAGAUUCGUGAAAAUUUGGAAGAAAAACAAAAACGAGAAGCAGCAAAGACAGCGCCACUUGGAGAAGAAAAGAAGAAGAAACGAAAAAAGAAACAAGUCAUGAAGCUUUCUUUUGCUGAUGACGAUGAACAUGAGGAUCAAGAACAAUUAGAUAUCAAGUCAGAUGUACCAAAGAAAAGGAAAAUGGCCAAAGAUCCUUCUGUUGACACAAGUUUUUUACCUGAUCGGGAAAGAGAAUAUGCGGAACGAUUGGAAAGGGAAAACUUGCGAAAAGAAUGGUUGGAAAAACAAGAAAUGUUAAAAAAUGAAAAAAUUGAUAUCACAUAUUCAUAUUGGGAUGGAACUGGUCAUCGAAAAUCUGUCGAGUGCAAGAAAGGUGAUACUAUUGCUCAAUUCCUGGAUAAUUGUAGAAAACAAUUUCCUCAGCUUCGUGGUGUCAAUGUGGAUAAUUUGAUCUAUGUUAAGGAAGAUUUGAUCAUUCCUCAUCAUUAUACUUUUUAUGAUUUCAUCAUCAAUAAGGUUCGUGGCAAGUCUGGUCCUUUAUUUAGUUUUGAUGUACAUGAUGAUGUCCGUUUAGUCAAUGAUGCUACAGUGGAAAAGGAAGAGUCUCAUGCUGGUAAAGUGGUCGAACGAAGUUGGUAUGAACGUAAUAAGCACAUUUUUCCAGCAAGUCGAUGGGAAACUUAUGAACAUUCCAAGGAUUAUGGUGCCUAUAGAAUCAAAGACAGUCGAUAAUUAUCGUUUUGAUUCAUUAGAUUAUUGAGUUAUGAUUUAGA